CGUGCCCGGUAGAGAGACGGAAACAGACCGGGGAGGGGAGAGACCGAUCCCCUCUCGGUGCCAGGGCCCUCGCUGCGACAGGGACCGCCCUGCCAGCCCCCUUCCCCAUUGGCCACCGCCGCCUUCCUGCCGCGCUGGCCCUGGUUAGUCGGAGCACGCUCUGCCCCAGCCGCCCGCAUCAGCGCCCCCUCCAAGUAAGCUGAGCGGUCAAGACUCACUGCCAUGGCCGAGGAACCUGCCACUAUUUGUUUAAAUGAAGAGGAUUUUUACUGUCCCGUAUGCCAGGAGGUGUUCAAAACGCCUGUGAGGACAGUAACCUGCCAACACGUCUUCUGCAGGAAAUGUUUCCUGACAGCAAUCAGAGAAAGUGGAACACAUUGUCCUCUAUGCCGUGGAACUGUGACUAAAAAAGAAAGAUCAUGUCCCAAAAGGGCUCUAGAUGUUGAAAACAACAUGAAGAAGCUUUCUGGGUGUUGUAGAUGCUGUGAAAAACAGGUUAGGUUUUCUCGCAUGAGACACCAUUAUAAAACAUGUAAGAAGUAUCAGGAUGAAUAUGGUGUUCCUUCUAUUGUUCCAAACUUUCAGAUUUCCCAAGAUUCAACAGGGAACAGUAAUAGGAGUGAUACAUCUGCAUUUGAUAAUGGAGAGAUGGCUAAUCUUCAGACACUUCAGGGAGAUGCAAGUGCACAUCCCACAUUCAAAUGCCCCCUGUGUCAGGAAACCAACUUUACCCGGCAACACCUACUGGAUCAUUGUAACAAUAGACACCUUUAUCAGAUAGUUCCUGUAAUUUGUCCAAUUUGUGUGUCUCUUCCAUGGGCAGAUCCCAGUCAGGUUACUAGAAAUCUUGUUAGCCAUCUAAAUCUAAGACACCAGUUUGACUAUGGAGAAUUUGUGAAUCUUCAGCUUGAUGAAGAAACCCAGUACCAAAAUGCUGUUGAAGAAUCUUGUCAUGUGAAUAUUUAAAGUGUAGGUCCUCUGCAUCUUACUGCACUCUGAGGGAAAAGCUACAUGAAUCCAAUCAGUAAUCUGAAAUGUAUAUUAAUAAAUGGAAUUCAGUAUGUUUUUUCUUUCUUCAGGUUAAAUAUCUUUUUUCCAAGAACAAGAGUUUUUAAAAUGCUUUUUGAUUAGAAAAAAAUGGAGUUAAAUUUUAUUACUAGAUUUCUUAAUUCUACAUAAUUGAUUGUACAGCUAUUGGAAAGGUGUUAAGUCAUUUUACUGAGUAGAGUUCUUUCCCUUUAAGUAGGGACCUUGCUGGAGCUAUUCACUGGUGUCUUUUGAUUUCUGUGUAUAUUUUCAUGGUUUUGUUGAUCUUGCAGUUAUAUUUUUGUUAAUGCCAAAUUUGGGGAGGGGGGUGGGAAUCAGAUGCAAAGAUGUUGUUUUGCACUUUGCUUUUUAUAGUCAGGGUUUCAUUUGCAAAAUUAUAUCCUCGGGAGAAUAUUUGUGUGUAACUUUUGUUUAAAGCUGAAGUGAUAUUUUUACUACCAUAAUUUCUAAUAAUAAAAGUGAGACUGGCCAAUUUG